CCUCGUAACAUAUAUAUUAACUCUAAAAAACCAUGUCUAAAUAUUCCUCUACCUUGAAACUUCUCUAUUUGGUUAUCCUAUCAGCUUUUGCCAUCCUGCAAGUAACAAUGGCCAGCGACCCAGACAUUCUCAUUGACUACAAAAUAAGGGAAUGGAACAACCCAGAUAGGAAAUUCUUCACCUUCAAGGGCUUUCAUGUGCUCGUUGGUCAAAACCCUUCACCCUCAACCUUUAAGGUGUCGAAAGCGAGCAUGGUAGAGUUUCCUUCUCUGAAUGGAAAAAGUGUGUCUUAUGCUGUCCUUCAGUUCCCAGGUGGGAAUGUCAACCCACCCCACACUCACCCUCGUUCUUCUGAAGUAGGGUUUGUCGACACAACCACCAACAAGCUCUGCACCCAGAGCCUUCAAAUCGGGGAUGUGUUAGUUUUCCCCAGUGGUCUUGCCCACUUCCAACACAAUGUCGAUGCUAAGAAUCCUGCUCUUGCUAUUUCGGCCUUUGGUAGUGCUAAUGCUGGCACGGUUUCUCUUCCUAACACGUUUUUUAACACGUCUAUUGAUGACACUGUCUUGGCUUUGGCCUUCAAGACCGAUGUUGCCACCAUUCGAAAUUUGAAAGGGUUGGCUUCCUAG